AUGCUACUAUCUCCUGCUGAAAAACAAUAUCUAUAUGAUUCACUAAGUCAGUCGUCGGUAAUAAGACCAGACUCACGCUCUAUCCACCAAUAUAGACCACUAGAAGCAACAACCUCAUUUUUGCCUGGUUCAAAUGGAUCAGCCAGAAUUCGAUUACUGGACGGAAGUGAGUGUUUAAUCAGUGUCAAAUCUAAAGUUGUAUCGAUUGAUCCAGACGCAUCGAAGGACAAUCUAUCCAACUUGAUCGAUGUUGAUGUUGAUAUUGUUGGGUAUCGUGAUGAUUCCAAUUACAUAACCAAUUUGAAAUUUCAAUUGAUCAAUUUAUUACAUCAGAAUUUCCCCCAUUUGGUGUUGCAGUUAACUUCAAGAUAUGCAUUUAAGUUGUUUAUUGAUUGUAUCAUUAUUAGCCAUCUGUCUUACCCCUUAAGUUUGAUCAGUUUGGCAACGUACCUCGCAUUAAAAACGACAAGAUUACCAUUAUUGGUCAGCGAUCCAAAUGAUUUGCAAGUGGCAGAAUACCCAACAUUUUCUGACGAUUGGGAUAAUGCCAGAACAAUUGAGGAAAUAUUGGUCGAUAAGCAAAUAGGAACCGAGUUUAAACCGCCAAUUUUCAUCACGAUUGGUGUUGUUGGCAAGAACCUACUCUUUGAUCCAUCAGUUGAAGAGGAACAAGUGUUGGAAAAUGGCGUCAUUGUCAGUUUUUAUAAUAACAAGGUCAUUACUCCGAUAGCGAAUGCCAAUUUCGCUAUAAAUUCUAAUAAUUCAAAUUUUAAAGGGUUGAAUAAAACGGUUUUGAUGAAGUGUAUCACCUUGUGUAAUCAGUAUUGUCCAGCAAUUGUUAAAGCUUUGGAUACACUAAUUGAACAAGAGGGCGAUCAAAAUGAUGAGUCUAUAUUUUAG